GGAAUAUAUUUAGUACCCAAAAUUUAUGCUAUGGCAACUUCACGCUCAAUCUCAGUCACCUAUGUGCCCGCGGAUUGCGGCUCCAUUAUCCCAGGCAAAUCCAAAGCGCCGCAAGCCUUCCAAGAUGUGGGCAUCAUCAACAAACUACGAGACGCCGGGCUAUCUGUCUCAGAGAACCAUGCACUGGAGUAUCCCGCAACAUUCUCAGCAUCAACCUUUGUCCCAGGCGGCGUUCGUAACGAAUACGUCAACGUCUCCGUCUGCAAAAGUGUCCGUCACGCCAUCUCCCAGAACCUCGACUCUUCUGUUCAACCGCCGUUUCAACUCAUCCUCGGUGGUGAGUGCUGCAUGUUGCCGGCGAUCCUUUCGUCCUUCUGGCAGCAUGCGGGUUCACAGUCCCCUCCCAAACGCGUCGGCCUCAUCUACAUCGACGCCGACACCGACCUUACUUCCCCCACGGACCCUAGCUCUAUUGGCACCUUUGCAGGCAUGAACAUGGCGCAUCUCAUCCGACUACCUGGCGCGUUGAAGAGCAUGGAGCAGUUCUCGCGGCCCUCUGGCGAGCCCGUCUGUGACGCCUCCAACACCGUCUUUUUCGGCACAAAUAUGUCCUUGCCGGGAAACAAGCCUGAGCACUUUGCGUAUCUCUUCGACAACAACUACAAAGUUGUCAACUCAGCAUCACUGGCGCGUGAGCCAGAACAGCGCGCGAGGGAAGCCCUCAAGUAUCUCGAGGACAAGGUUGACAUCAUUAUGGUGCAUCUUGACGUCGACUCGAUCGAUCCGGGGACGUUUCCACUGGCAAACGUUCCGAAUUUCACGGGAGUCAUGUUUGAGGAAAUGAUGCGAGCGUUGAAAGUCUUUCUAGGUAGCAAAAAGGUCAAAGGAUUAACUGUUGCUGAAGUUAAUCCAGAUCAUGAUCCUGGGUUGGACAUGGUGGAGAGGCUGACGGACCAAGUUGUGGGCAUGCUGGCGGCAAGAUAAUUUCUUGAAUUCAACUAGAAGCUUCGGAAUUGACAUGUUAGAAUAACACUCGUGGGUGCUCCUUUCCUGGAUCAAUUCGGCUGUUGGUACGACCCACCCAUCAGGAAUGCAAUUUCGACGUCACCUGGCUCGGCGAUACUCUAGAUUUACAAUAGUAACUGGUCCUCAUAGCAUUGGAC